AUGUUGAAAGAGGGGGCUGCCAUUCUGAUUUCUGGUGACGAGGCGGAAGAGGACGUCGGGACAGUGAAUAUGGCAUGCCUGCUGAAAGCCGUGCCGUUCAUGAAUUCUGUCAUUGUUGGUGCUCAGAUGGAGAUGACAGAGCUUGAGCAACUGCCAGCGAAGACAGUACGCCGAGGCCGGCAAAGCCAUUCAGGAUGCCGAUCGUCUUGCCGAGGAAAACGCGACGAGGAUUGUAGAGCUCUCGUCCAAGUUGGUUGA